CCCCACGGCCCCCACUGCCCCCACAGCCAACCCAGGCAGCACAGCCCCAACCGAUUUUAUUUCCAUUCUACCCCUACCCGGCUAUUCCCGUGACACUCAAAGCGCAUUCUCCAGCGGUUAUCACAAAAAUCCAGGGAUACAUCGCUAAGUUUCACAGGCAACCGGGUGAAAUGACGUCAGAUGAACUCAACCAGAAGAAAGCCUCUCUUCUUCAAAAAGUGCGCCUUGACACUUGUCCUAGUCACGUCUCAAUCUCGGAUGAGAAUUGCCAGGCAGCUCUUGAUGAAUUCCAGUCAAUCCCCAAAGAUUUGCGCGGCACGUGUAGAUCUGCAUUUGUGGCCACGUGUCAAUGGUGGCCUUUACGUACCGGUGUUCAAGUCCACAAAUGCUCUAUUUUCGUACACGACAAUCCCACUCUUGUCCCGUCUAUUACCGGACUUGCUUUCUCAUUGAAAGAUUGUGUUAAUGAUUUAAAACCAGAGGAGUACAGGCGGAAUGUUGAGCGAGAAACGGACGGUUACUUGCUUUAGAGUACCUGUAUAGCGAGAGCAUGGACAGAUGUGAAACUCCGAAAAUCCAUCAGGCCUUCACCGAUGCUUCUGCGAAUAAAGUUAGGGCCCAGAAAUGCAGCCAACCUAUGAAUU